CUGGAGACACCACCCCCGCCGAAAACCCAAUACCCAAGAAGGGUAACACAUCACACCAACAGACUAUCCAAAUUUGCACUAUCAGUCAUAUCACCAUUCACCCACAAUUAGGUUAUUUUUCCCCCUUUUUCAGUUUUCAGACUCUCAACCAUUUUUCAAAACGAGCCGGCAUUUUCAAUCCCCUGAUUUCUUCCUAUUUUGUUCACACAAUCUCACCCCUCUGCUCAUUUCAAGAGCUGCAUCAAUCACACAUCUCAAUCGAUAACCGGUAAUCAGAAAAAGUACAAAACUAUUCUACGAUGUCGAGUGCACUCGCCGGAAAGUUUGGUUACGCCGGCGGUAUGCCGGAGCGAAAAGUCCGACCUAUAUGGGAUGCGAUUGAUUCCCGGCAGUACAAAAAUGCACUGAAACUCGCUUCGUCUCUUCUCACUAAGUACCCCAAUCUUCCUUAUGCCAUGGCACUAAAGGCUCUUAUCUUGGAAAGAAUGGGGAAACCUGAAGAAGCAUCAUCUAUUUGUUUGGAAGCUAAGGAAUUGUUGCACAAAAAUGUGACCUUGUUGAUGGACGAUCUUACCCUUAGCACGUUGCAAAUUGUCUUUCAAAGACUUGACCGCUUGGAUUUGGCUACUAGCCUGUACGAUUAUGCCUGUGGCAGAAUUCCAAAUAAUUUAGAGUUAAUGAUGGGACUAUUCAAUUGUUAUGUUCGUGAAUAUGCAUAUGUGAAGCAGCAACAGACAGCUAUUAAAAUGUACAAGCUUGUCGGUGAAGAGAGGUUCUUGCUCUGGGCAGUAUGUAGCAUACAGUUGCAGGUUAGUUGUGGCCAAGGAGGAGAGAAGCUGUUAGGCUUAGCUGAAGGCUUACUUAAAAAACACAUUGCUUCUCAUAGUUUGCAUGAACCAGAAGCUCUUAUCGUAUACAUUUCUGUGCUGGAACAGCAAGCCAAGUAUGGGGAUGCAUUAGAGGUCCUGUCUGGAAAAUUAGGAUCCCUGAUUCUGAUCGAGGUUGACCGGCUCCGUUUGCAGGGUAGACUUCUUGCUCAGUCAGGUGACAAUGCCGCCGCCGCCAUUACAUUCCAGAAAAUCCUAGAAAUGUGUCCCGAUGACUGGGAGUGUUUCCUACAUUAUCUAGGUUGUUUGUUGGAGGAUGAUCAAAGUUGGUGCAAUGACGCAACUAGAGCACAAAGGUGUCUGCCAGAAUCUUUGGAUAAGAUUCCUCGUAUAACUGAUGAUUUGUUCAAUUCUCAUAUCCAAGAUGCAUCAGCUUUUGUAAGAAAAUUAGAGACAGAAGCUAGUGGUGAUUCUAAGAGGGGGCCGUCUCUUGCUUAUCUUGAGAUUGAGAGGAGGAAACUUUUACAUGGCGUUGGUGAUAAGGAGAGACUUAUGGAUGCCUUAGUGCAAUACUUUUCCAGAUUUGGUUAUCUAGCGUGUUUCUGCUCUGAUGUUGAAGUAUUUUUGGACAUCUUAACUCCUGAUGAGAAAAUAAACUUGCUGGAAAAGAUGAAGGAGAGCUCUGGCUCCAUGUCAAUCGGACCAACAAAAUCUCUGGGUCAGGCAAUCAGUCUCCAGAAGAUGCAAUUUCAAAUUGGCAUCACAUACAAGCUCCAUGAUGCUGAACUUGAAAGUUUGGCAGUAAAGAUGAUAAAUAUGUAUCGUGAAAACCUUCCUCUGUCAAAGGACUUGGAUCCACAAGAGAGUAUGCAUGGUGAAGAUCUUCUUUACAUGGCUUCCAAUAUAUUGGUUCAAUUAUAUUGGCGAACUGGAAGUACUGGGUACUUAUUAGAGACUGUUAUGAUGCUGGAACUAGGAUUAAAUAUCAGAAGAUCUGUAUCACAGUACAAGAUAAUAUUGCUGCAUUUGUAUUCUCACUUGGGUGCGCUUCCUGUAGCCUAUGAAUGGUAUCGUUCUCUUGAUGUGAAAAAUAUCCUGUUAGAGUCGUUUACACACCAAAUCCUGCCACAGAUGUUGUUAUCUCCUCUUUGGGAAGAUUUAAAUGAUCUUUUGAAAGAUUACCUGAAAUUCAUGGAUGACCAUCUUAGGGAAUCAGCAGACCUUACGUUUCUUGCUUAUCGACAUCGUAAUUAUUCGAAAGUUAUUGAGUUUGUGCAGUUCAAAGAGAGAUUGCAGCACUCUAACCAAUAUGUGAUUGCACGACUUGAAUCAUCUAUUCUAAGGCUGAAAGAGAAAGCUGACAACAUUGAGGAGGAAGAGGGUGUUUUUGAAUGCUUGAAAUGUGGAACACAAGCUCUUGAACUUGCAAGUGGUACUUUGUGUGACUCGUUAACAUUCAAUGAAGAAUUGCAGUUAAGGCCUUGGUGGACUCCAACUCCAAAAAAGAACUACCUUUUAGACCCGUUUGAAGAACUCGAUCAUCCAACGGAUAACUUGGAUCAUAGGAAAGAAUGGGAAACAAAUGUACGAGAGAAGCUUGAGAAGAGAUCUCUUCUUCCUCGAAUGGUCUAUUUGUCUACGCAGUGUGUAUCAGCUUCUAUUAAGGAGAACAUAGAAGCUAAUGGGUCUGAGUGUGGCUCUAUCUUCUCUUUGGAGAUGAAAUCUUUGCUGGAACGCUAUGUGAAGAUCCUUGGCUGUUCCCUUGACGAGGCUGUGAAAGUUUUGCUUGAUGUUGCAGAGGGUCAAAGACCUUUGGAGGCUUUGGGCACAGACUUGAUCGAAUGGGUGAAUUUUGCUGUGUUUUUAAAUGCAUGGAGCUUGAGUUCCCAUGAAACUGUGCUUCCAAUGGGUGAAGAGAGUAUAUCUCUUUGGCAUGUAGUAAAUUCUUUGCUACAAAAGUCUAUAGAAAGUAAGGUCCGAAUAAUAGGUCCCCAGGGUUGUUCUCCAGGAGGGGCCAGGGAUCUGUCAGUUUUGGUGCAAUUGAUUGGAGAACCUAUGGCUUGGCAUUGUUUAGUUCUCCAGUAUUUUAUCCGUUCAUCUCUUCCUUGUGGCAAGAAGAAAAAGAAAAGUGGUGGACCUGCCGAUAGCUCGACUUCCGUGUUAUCUCAGUCAAUCCGUGAUUCUGUUUUGUCCCUGUAUAGCAUUAUAGAAGUGGUAGUGGAAUGGUUGAAAAAAGAGGUGAAUAAAACAGACGAUGAAGCAGUGGACCAUUUGCUCUCCUUCCUCGUGAGUGACUCAAAUGAGGGUCCUGGAAAAGUUUACCAGGCUCUUAAAGAUUUAAUAUCUACUGCAGAUGAAGGAGAACUAGGUGACAGAAUCUUCAAAGGAAUAAAUUCCUGGAGUCCUACAGAUAUUGCCAGGAAAACAUUCAAAGGCCAACAUAAAAUGAUGUCGAAUUUCCUACAAAUAUGCAACUCCAAGCUAAAGGUGUUGGAGGCCAUAAAGCAACAAAUAUAAGGUGCCAGUACUGUGUUAACUCGCUGUCAACAGUUGGUUGUGUUGGGUGAUUAUUUUUGACUGGUUUGCAAUUUUACAUGUCACCUUGGCACAUUGAGCCUCUUGCCUUCAUUAUUUUAUUACUACAUGAUCUAGGUGCCGUGUUUUUUCUCCCUUCCUGAUACCAGUUUCCCUCUCUAACUGGUAUGUUUCUCAAUGGGGAAUUUCGAGCUUGAAUCAUGUACAUUUAAUAACCAUAGGAAACAUUUCCAUCUUCAGUGCUUACUGACCGUGGGAGAAAAAAAGAUAGAGAGGCUUGUAACUUGCUUUUUUGGAGAUGAGCUUUGUCGAUAUAUUUUUUUGAAUCAUAGUUUUAGCAUUUGGUGGAAUAGUUAAUUUUUUUUUUUUUGGAGAUGUGCUUUGUCGAUAAUGUUUUUUUUUGUAUUAUGAGGUUACUGAUGAGAAAGGUUAGACAGAGUUGCUAUUAAUGGAUAGAUUAUACAUGGGGUUAUUGAUGUUGACUUAGUUUAGUGAA